UUUGUGGCGCAUGCGCAGUGUUGUCGAAAAGUGGCGCGCGGACUAGUGCGAGAAGCUUUCGGUUAAAACAGACGCGCUGUUUGGACAUUUGUUUUGCUAUAUCGUAUGUGUUUGUAUAAAGAGAGACACACCUCUAAUAGACUUAAUAACAAUGUGGAAUCAAGGAAGCUACGGGGAGUCCGGCGUCGGGAGGGGAUACACUCAGUCCCCGGGGGGCUUCGCGUCCCCCGCCGCUUCCCAGGGAGGAGAAAAAAAGGGGAGAACACGGGCCCAGCAGAUUGUCCCCUGCACGGUUUCCCAGCUGUUGUCUGCAGUGCAGGCUGAGGAUGUCUUCAGGGUAGGAGAAGUAGAGGUCGCUCAGGUCACUGUGGUGGGGAUCAUUAGGAACACAGAGAAGUCCAUGACAAACAUCCAGUACAAAGUCGAUGACAUGACUGGGCCUCCCAUGGACAUCAAACAGUGGGUGGACACAGAGGACCCCACUAUGGAGAGCACAGUUAUCCCUCCUGGAACCUAUGUUAAAGUCUACGGAAACCUUCGCUCCUUCCAGAAUCACAAGACAGUGGUGGCUUUCAGCGUGAGGCCUCUAGAGGACAUGAACGAGAUCACGUCACACAUGCUGGAAGUCAUACAGACACACAUGUUGCUCAGCAAGCCGCAGGGCAUGAUGGGUGGAGCGGGAGGAGGAAUGAACAGCGGUAUGGCCCGCCCGGGUAUGGCUAGCAUUAGUGGAGGCUACUCUGGAGCUAUAGACAUGUCCAACAACGGCCUGAGCCCCAGUCAGAACCAGGUGUUGAGCUUGAUUAAGAGCUGCCCAGACCCACAAGGCAUCAGCAUCCAGGACUUGAAGCUCAGGCUCAGUGGCAUGAGCAUCUCCGUCAUCAAACAGGCUGUGGAGUUCCUCAGCAACGAGGGCCACAUUUUCUCCACUAUUGAUGAAGACCACUUCAGAUCCACAGACAAUGAUGACUGAAGCACUUGGAUUUGACCCAUAUCCUCUCAAAAGGACUCCAGUAUUAAAAAGAUGGUGUAUCUCAGUCUGAGCUCGGUGACUUGUGGUAUCAGGAUGAUUCUGUAGGAGGCCUCACCUGUGUGAAUUGAUUUGUUUUGGUGUAAAAUGACAGCUUAAUGAAGAGCUCGGGGUUUACCCAGGAUUUACAGAAACAGGUUAUCUCAACAUAGUGUCCAUUCCCCAGAAUUGAUCUUAUCCGGUCUUUUUGACCAUACUAGAAAAUUAGUCUCCUAAUAGCAGCAAUAUGUAUGAAACUGUUCUUUUG